AUGAUCCAAUAGUAUUGAAAGCAAAUCUGCUGGAUGUUUAGUUUUAAGGAGAGCGAGUACCGGAACUGGACUGUUGUCGUACAAUCUUACAACGGUUAUAUUUACACUUUCUGUCCGCGAUUAAUACCGUAGUUUAGUGGUCUGCGCCAUGGCUUUGUACGGGGGUGUCGGAGCCAUGGCUUUACCUAGCGAGCUUAUCGUCCAUAUAUUUUCAUUCUUGUCCGACAGUGACAAGCUUCGGGCCUCGUCCGUGUGCUCUCGCUGGAGGGAGUGUCUGUUUUACCCAUCGCUUUGGACGGAGCUGAAGUUGCGUGUCGGAGGUGGUGCAAACCGGGGAGGCUCUGGCUCCGAACAGACCCCAAGAUUAGAAUUUCUCAUGAGGAAGUUUGGCUCCUUCGUGCGCGAGCUACAUCUCGAGGUUUCCCCUGUGGACGGAUAUCUAAGCCCACUGAGCGGAGUGGAGGGCAGGGUAGAACCUGUAGAACGCGACCCUCAAUUGCUUGAUCGCUGGGAAGACGCAAGGAUCACCUAUUUGGAACAGGUGUUGUGUGUGCUCGGAUGUAUUCGAAAUAACAGAAAUCUCCAGAAGCUGAGUCUGUAUGGGGAUACAUGCAUUCAGGAUGAGGGCAUUCUGGACAGUGCCUAUCUCCAGCAGGUUGACCAAGGAGGCAAGAAAAUCAAAGAGAUCCAACAGCUGUUAGUGGAGGUUCUGUCUAACAGCAGGAAGAUAAAGUGGCUGUCCUCCGCCUUCAUGCUGGGCGUGGUGACCCCAUGCUCCCUGGCCUCUCUGUCCAACCCCAGUGCAGGCUCCCUGGAGCACCUUGGCUUGCUGGACAACCAGCUGUCUUGCCUGGUCUCCCCUGUGGAGCUGGAGCGGCUGGUCCACCUGCGUUCCCUGGCCCUCGACUUCUGUGACUUCACCUCUGAGUUGAGCCACCUACUGGCUGGAGGAGACCGUGCUCCGCUACACCGCCUCUCCCUGAUGCUCAACGGCGCUGCUCUGAAGGCUAAGCCGCUCGAUGGCACCGCCAGUGAGGACGACUGGAAGGCCCUGGUCCAACGCAGCGCUAACCUGCGGGUCUACAUGAUGGCACUGGAUGUGUGCAGCCAGGACCUGCUGAGGGUGCUAAAACCAAGCCUGCCCCUGGAGAGGAUCCACCUGGACAGCUACUCUACCUUGGUAACAGACGGAAACCUGGAGCUCAUUGCCCAGCAGUACAACAAGACCCUGAGCCACUUCGUCCUGAUGAGGGAUGACACCGGCUUCCCUGACCUUGGCAUCAACCGAAACGAGGACCCGCUGGUCCUACUGGCCUGGCGCUGCGUACACCUCUCUGUAUUGGUCAUCCACGGCUACACUGUGUGGUCCCAUAACCUGGUGGCCAUCUCCCGUCUGCGUGGCUCCAGCCUCAAGGUCCUGGCUGUGUCCGAGGAGAGCAUCGACUUCGACCCAGACCAGAGGGUCUUCAUGGAAGGUGACCCCGUCCACAACCUGGUGAAGGAGGUGUCCCUGGGCCUGGGGCGCGUCUGGCACCCUUCUAUGGACUCCAACCUGGUCCUCAGCGAGCCCACCCAGCACUUCCACAGGGAGAUGCAGAGCUUCAGCUUGGGCAUGUAGGCUAGAGCUGCAGCUACCAGACCGGGCAGCCAUCUGGGUCGUGUUCAUUAGGCAUCAAACAAAAGAAAACAAGACCUAAACAGGAGGGACCCCACUUCACCAAUAAGCAAUGCACAUUUUCUGUUACAACGUUUUCCAUUGAAUGACCUAAUGAACACAACCCUGGUGUGAUCUUGCCUGCUGCACAUGCUGAGUGUUUGUCUUGAUGAUCUAAUCACCUUAUAGGUCCCAUCUAAUUUACAUACUUUAUCUUUUAUUUGUGUUUAUUUUCUUCUCUGUAGCAUGAACUUAUCCUCUAUGUGCCGUGUUUAUCAAUAUUAGCUCUAUAUUUAUAUCUAUCUAUAUAUAUCCUGCUUAUGAUUAGGAGAGUAUAGUCAAAUAUUUGUUUAGUAGCUAAAUGAGCAAUUGGUGUUGCAAGGGGGCUUUUCUACACAGCUAGUUUAGUUAGUUGUAUUGCAAGCUUUUUGUUGUUGUUGCUUUGUGUUUUAUCUUAGCAAGUGCUGAGUUAUCAGUUAAUCCACCUUGGCUUUUUGCAAUGAUGGAAUCCUGUGUACUUGUUUGUGCAAAUUUUUUUUUAAAUGGGAUAUUAGUCUAGUAGUCUUCCGGUAGAGGGAGGGACCGUGCUGAUGGAGUGUGUGGUUAGGCCUCCCUCAGCCUAGCAAGAUCCUGUCAGCUCUUUACUUUUGUGUUUUGGAGAUGAUAUUGUUGCUAUGUUACGGGACUAAGAUCCUGCUGGUUCUUCUCAACCCAGAGGUGGGAUAUGAUAGGUUUCCACACUGAGUUUCCUACGUUCUGCUGCAGUACUUAAGUCAGGGGUUAGCAUUGCGAGUCGUACGCUGCAGUUUGUUCUCAGAAGAAUCCUCUGUGUCUCAGGUGGGCAAAACAUGAUUAUAUGAAGAUGGUGAUGAUGAGGAUGUAUAUACUAUGAAACAAUCAGUUAGUCUGUCAGUCUAAUGCAGUUUUCUUCACAUUUGCCUUGGAAAACCCUUUGUUUUCUAGUAUCAAUAGUUUUUGCCAUCCAAUCUGCCCCUUUUACCAUGGGGUAAACAAACUUAGUCGUACAUUUGUUUUAAGAUUUAAGGUGUUUAAAGAAUGGCAAAAAGCUACUCCUUGCACAUGUUUCUCUUGUUCACAGCUAUGUUGGCUGAUUCCAGGGCCACAGUGUUUCACCAUCUGAAUGUUGGAUGGAGGGAAGUAUGUGCUUGCUUGUUCCAAAUCUCAGGAUUUUUGCACUUUCAGUAAAUUUGUCCAUUGAAGGCUUUCUUUUAAUAUAAAGCUUUCUGUUGAUCUGCGGGCCAGUGUGCGUGGUGGUGUGACUGGAUACUAAUACUGUGGAAAGAGCUCUUCCAACACUACGCACACCAGAGGUUGUUGGUUUUAUUUUUCUAGACGCGCCUUCUCGUUUCCUCUUAACCUUUUUAAAAGUUAACAUCCUUGAUGUGCGUCUGUGAAAAUACUUUUAAUGGCGUUUUCUAUCGUGUAUUUGACGUUUUUUAGAGCUCAGAGUAGUAGAGAGAAUCUGAGGUUGAUUGCUCAGUGGUAGAUGUAAAUAUGAAGCUAACAACCUUUUUAAUGUGUAAAGUUGCCUGCUAUCCAGAAUUCCCCUUGUAUACGCAUAUCUUUUUGUUGUUGCUUGUAAAGCUCCGGGAGCCAGUCUUGACUGAUAACGCAGUAGUGCUUGGAAUAGGUGACCUGUGGUUGUUCUGUGCUGCUGAGACGUUGGAACAUUCCGGAAAAGAGGUUUCUCUUGAUCUUGUGUGACUUGUGAAGCUGUCGGUCGGCUAUUACUAUUUGUUGUGUUCCUCCGUGCCCAUAACUUUCAUUGGUACUACCAAAGCCAGCCAUUUUAGUCAAGGAAGAGAAACACAGUAUGCAAAGUUCUGUAUAUUGAGAAAAAAUACGUUUGUUUGAACCGAUGCCAGCUGUUUCUAGGCAAUGUAAUGAUCAGCAUAUGGGAUCCACUGCUAACCUGUUUAGUUGUGGCAGUAAGAUAUGAGCCUGCAUGCACGGUUCACCUUAGUCUAUCUACGGUUGAUCCAUGAGAAGUGAUAACAUGUAUAUCGUUUCAAUAUUCCUUUAACAGAGGGAUUCUUACCUUUUUUUGUUUUUAGUACCACACCAAAAAGGAUGUAGAUAAUAUUCUAUAUUUGGAGUUAACUUGUUUGUGCUGUGCAGGGGUAGUGUAAGACCUUGUUAGAGGAUGACAAAUGCCAGUCAAUUGUUAAAAUGUGUAAAACAUCCUAAUGCUGUGCCUAAAUCCAGUGUAGCUUUCGCUCUUUUUGUUGUUGUUCGUUCCAGUUCACCAUUCAUUGUCUAGUACAGCAUUUGACUACCGUUAAAGCAUCUCAUUUCUGCAUUGUGUGUGUGUGUGUGUGUGUGUGUGUGUGUGAAGUUUCAGAAGUGCAUACAUCAAAGAAGGGAGUGUAUGGUGUGCCCCUUUCUCACCAGUGAGCAGGAAACAACCUUUCUCAGGGUUACUGUCAGUUGAGGAGGAGAGGUGUUCCAUGCCUAAAAAAAUAAAUGAUGAAAGUUAGGAAGAAUCUUUUUUCCAACUUGUCACUGGAUUAAACAAAACGGUCUGUCAGCGUGUCUGCAUCAGCUGCCAAAGAUAACUGUGUGAAACGACCCUUAUGAAGUGCCCACGUGCUGGCAUAGGGCAGGGCCAAUGGCUGAUCAGCCAAAAUGUACUACUAUGACUGCUCCUCCACAAAUACUACUAGAAAUAUACCUACUGAAUAUUGGGUGAAGUUGGACCACAUGUGGUGCACAGCUGUGCUGUGGCUUGGUCAACAACAGAGCUCUCGCUCACCAGUUUCAUUGUGAAAAGUGAAUGUCAUUUAAGUAUAGAUAAAAUCAAGUUUGGUUGACUCUUUCAGCCCUGUACGCUGCUAUGAGACGUGUAAGGAACAUUCCACUGGGGAGUUAAAAACCAACAGAAAAUGGCCAAAUGUCUGUAUAAAAUGUAUUUUCCAAAAUAUUUUUUUUAGGGGUAAUUGGAUCCAGUAAAUUAUGCACAAUUGGUCUUUGAUGAAAACAUGGUUUGCUGUGUGAAGUCAUAUAGAAGUGGUUGUGCAGCCCAGUCUCACUCUGCAUGUUAACAGUCAUAGUAGUGGAGGUAUUUUCUUUUUAUACUCUGUAGAAAAAUACCAGUUGGGUUAUUACAGCUUACAAAUCAGUUGGAUCUCAUUUUUUUGUUCUUGACAUUUUAUAUGCAAUCACAAUCCACAUCUCUCUUGUUGAAAAGGAGGAAGCUAUAUAGCGACAGUGAGCUGCUUGAGGGCAUGUCCAUCUCAGAGAGUUACCUGUAGAACCUCAUUGUGCUGCGAAAGCUACGGCUAAAUGACCUCAUACCAGCCUUAUUAAGAGUGUAAACGCUUGAAGUCAAGAGACCUGAGUGAGUGUUUUGUUUUAUUCCAUUAUUAAACACCUGCACCACUAUCAUAUAACAGGUUCACUGUUGUGGGGGUCAGGAGGGAAGUGAGCUUAAAUCAAGGCACAUCUCUUAAUGGCUGACUUGCAUUACAGCCAAGUCAAACGCAUAUAUUCCAGUGGCUUUUAUUUUUCUAUCACUUACAAAUGGAAAUAACAAUGUGAUUGUUUUAAGAUCUUGACUCUUCGGAAGCCAAACUCUGUUUCAAAGGCUACCGUGGGUUACAGACAUGGUCUCUAUGAGACUGGCCAGCGGGCCCCAGUUUUAAGUGGUAUGAAUGUUGUGCAUUUGUUUAAAAUCAGGAUAUUUUAUUGCAAAAUAAGUCAUGCAUUACAGGUGGCCACCAUGGGGCACGGGCAGUGCGAACACCUAGGCUGUGUCCUUAUAAGCUUUCGGGGGGAAAAAAUAACUGUGCGUAUUUGUAUAUAUCAAUACAUUAAUGUAUACUCUUAUGCAACAUAUGUCCGGGUUCUAUUUAUGAACAUUUGUAAGCUUUGAUGGUUUUACCACUUUUGCUAAAUGUUAAAAUAUUUGGACAGGUGUGUUCUGUCAACUUUGUCUCAAGUGAGCGCAUAGCAUUGUACAUCUGAAAAUGGGAAAUCCACUGGUGCAGGUGUGAACAUUUUUUAUUCGAAAAAGUGAUAACUAAAGAAGGAAAAGCCUAAGUGACAUAUUGGGUAAACCAGCUGAAUGUUGAAUGGUCCUUUUUAAACCAGUGAAUAAAAGCAUUACAAAAGACAAA